CUUUUUGCCCAGCAGCGUUUGGCGAGGAAGAGAGGGCUAUGCGACCGAGACAUCGAUGCGGCAAGUACAAUAACCGAGAAUGGCGUGCCGGAACCCGCGAAGCCCGCGGAUAAUUCUUCCUUUUCUCUACCCGUCACUGUUUCCCCCCAAUGGCGUCUCCCGCUCGAGCCUCGCCGCGGCACUUUGCGGCGUCCGACGAAGCAGCACCGAGGCCUCGACGCCGACCGACUCUUAUGACCGGCCCCGAUCCCGGCUGAACCCGGCCCCGGACGACUACUCCAUGUCCAACUUUGCCGACAAGGCGAGGCUGACCCUCCACGCCGGCGCCGGCGGCCACGGCUGCAUCUCGUUCAUGCGCGAAGCUUUCAUGGACGAUGGACCUGCCAACGGUGGCGAUGGCGGGCACGGCGGCAACAUUUACAUACAGGCAGUUCACGGAGAGACGUCGCUGCACAAGCUGGCGCGGAGGAAGGUGGUGCGCGCGGGCAAGGGCAAGAGCGGCAUGGGCAGCUCCAGGUCGGGUCAGCGCGGAGAGGACGUUGUCAUCGCGGUGCCGGUCGGGACAGUCGUCCGAGAGCUGAGCCGCGACGAUCCGGAGGCCGAGAGCCGGUUUUUGUCCAAGCGAAAGAGGCGGGUCUCGAGGGACACACAGCCGGUGGAGGAAGGACCGGACGGGGAGCCGGUAGAGGAUCCGGACCGCGCCAAAUGGCUGCUGUACCCCGGCAUGUCCUCCUCCGACAUGAAGAGACUUGAGCUGCCGCCGCUACCGCAUCGCGAGCGGUUGCUUCACCAGCCCAAGGCGCCAAUCCAUCUCGACCUCUCACGGCCCACCCCGCGGCCGAUAUUGCUCGCCGUAGGAGGGCUGGGCGGGCUAGGGAACCCCCACUUCGUCACCAAGGGGACGCCGAAGCCAAUGUUCGCGACGAGGGGCGAGCGCGCCAUAUCGAUGGAGAUCGAGCUGGAGCUCAAGCUCCUCGCAGACGUCGGCCUGGUCGGGCUGCCGAACGCGGGCAAGAGCACCCUCCUCCGCUCCGUCAGCAACAGCCGCACCCGGGUGGGCGACUGGGCCUUCACCACGCUGCAGCCCAACAUCGGCACCGUCGUGCUCGACAACAACAAGGGCCGCCCGCUGCUGACCAGCUACCGCCGCGUGUCCGGCGUCGGCGUCUACGGAGGAGGCCCGGAGGACUCGUUUGAUAUCUCGUCGGGCUCGCAGCAGCAGCCCGAGCUCGAGCGCCGCACGCGCUUCACCAUCGCCGACAUCCCGGGCCUGAUCGAGGGCGCGCACCUGGACAAGGGCCUCGGGAUCGCCUUCCUGCGGCACGUCGAGCGCGCGGGCGUGCUGGCGUUCGUGCUGGACCUGGGCGCGGGCAACGCGGUGGCGGCGCUCAGGGCGCUGUGGACCGAGGUCGGGCUGUACGCGCAGAUGCGCGAGGAGGAGGAGCGCGAGCGCAAGCGGCAGGCGGCCAUCGACUGGAGCGCCGCCGCGGGCACCGACGCCGAGGACUCCACCUUCUGGCCGAGCCACCUGGCCGGGGAGGACUACGACGCGCCCCGGGUGGACGCGGGCGGCCUGCACAUCGCGGGCAAGCCGUGGUUCGUCGUCGCGACCAAGGCGGACCUGCCCAACACGCAGGAUAACUUCCACGAGCUGAGGGACUACCUCGCGGCCAUCAGCCGCGGGGACGAGAAGCAUCCCAGCGGCGUCGAGGGCGCCUGGACGCGCAACUGCGCCGCGAUUCCCGUUAGCGCCAUCAACGGACAGGGCGUGGACCGGGUGGUGCACUGGGCGGUUGGGCUGCUGGAUGGUUGAAGAAGGUGGGGGGGGGGGUUCUCCGUAGGGCUGGCAGCAUGCUGCCCUACGUGUGUACGGAGUACUGUACAGUAAAACGAACGAGAAUGUAUAAUUACUCGGACCGACUAUGUAGGCGCCUCCGUUCUCAUCAUCCUUUACUUCCCCGUUAGCUUUUCCACGCGCUGCGGCGCUUGCGCUGAUGGACCGACAAGGGAUAAUCACCGACAGACGGUCACCGUUCUCCAAUAGCUGCCAGGCUGCCCGCCAAGUUCAAUCAAAUAUCCUGUG